AUGAGAAGACAUACUACUCUCCUCCUGACCCAAAUGCAGGAUCCCCUCCCUCUGGAACUCCUCCAUCACAGGGAGGAUACACUCCCACUCCUUCAACUCCAUCACAUACCCCUCCUUCUUCUAACUGUGGAAGUCCCCCUUACGACCCAACUCCUCCAUCUCACACUCCUUCCACUCCCUCUCACACUCCAACUCCUUCUACUCCAUCUCACACUCCAACCCCUUCUACUCCAUCUCACACACCAACUCCAUCACACACCCCAACUCCAUCACACUCUAGUCCUCCUUGUCACUGUGGAACUCCACCAUCACACCCUUCAACACCUUCACGCCCUUCAAGGCCUUCACGCCCUUCAACGCCUUCACGCCCUUCAACGCCUUCAAAUCCUCCUUCUGGUGGAUAUUACUCAUCUCCACCACCAAGUACUCCUGUGGUUGAGACUCCACCAACACCCAUUGUCGACCCAGGCACACCCAGUACUGGAGGAACCCCUCCUUCUUCUGGUGGAUACUACUCUUCUCCUCCACCAACUACUCCAGUUGUUGAGACUCCACCAACACCUAUUGUUGACCCAGGCACACCCAGUACUGGAGGAACCCCUCCUUCAUCUGGUGGAUACUACUCAUCUCCUCCACCAAGCACUCCAGUCAUUGAGACUCCACCAACACCUAUUGUUGACCCAGGUACACCCAUUGGAGGAUCCCCACCAACUCCUUCUGGUGGAUAUUACUCAUCUCCUCCACCAAGUACUCCAGUCAUUGAAACUCCACCAACACCCAUUGUUGACCCAGGCACACCCAUCAUUGGAGGAACCCCACCAACUCCUUUUAUUAACCCUGGCACUCCUUUCCUCCCUGCUCCUUUUCCACCAAUCACUGGAACAUGCGAUUACUGGAGAAACCACCCUACUUUGA